AUGAAGGGCGUCGUUGUGGAAUUUGUUGGGUUUGCUGGGCAUCAAACUGAUGGUGAGUUUGCCAGACACUUGCUUUGGAAUGCUGUUUCACUUGAGAAGAUGAUUAUUGAUCCUCGUCCACGUUAUCUGGGACGAGAAUUUGAAACGGGAAUUGAAGUGGCCAGAAAGCGUGCCAAGGAGCUGGAAACAGAAUUGCCUCUGAAAUUGUGA